CCAGUACCGUAGCCUACAGCAACUACAGCUGCUGGACGAAAUGUCCUCCACAUCUUUCUCGGAGGAGGAUUUCUCCUGUCCGGUGUGUUGCGAAAUCUUCAAGGAUCCAGUUCUUCUGCUAUGUAGUCACAGCUUUUGUAAGAUGUGUCUGCAGCAGUUCUGGGGAACCAGAGGGUUUAGGGAAUGUCCGGUCUGCAGGAAGAGAACCUCACAAGAAAACCCUCCACUUAACCUGCAACUGAGAAACUUGUGUGAGACUUUCCUACAGGACAGAAGUCAGAGAGAAAGCCAUAACUUCAGUCACAUCAGUGAAACUGUACUUGAGUAUAAGAGAGAGGUCAACGUAAAACUGAAUAAUUUACGGGAGAAGUUAAAGGCAUUGUGCAAAGUUCAAAUCACCUACGAUGAAAAGGCCCAACACAUAAAAAUCCAGGCUCAACACACAGAGAGGCAGAUCAAGCAGGAGUUUGAGAAGCUUCACCGGUUUCUACGAGAUGAAGAGGCAGCCAGGAUAGCUGCACUGAGGGAGGAAGAGGAGCAGAAGAGUCAGAUGAUGAAGGAGAAGAUUGAGAAGAUGAACAGAGAGAUCUCAUCUCUUUCAGACACAAUUAGAACCAUAGAGAAGGAGAUGGGAGCUGAUGAUGUUACAUUCCUGCAAGUAAGAACCAGUUUCAUUUAAAAAAUCAGUCUAAUAUCUGAAUAUACAAAACCUGGCAAAACCUUGGGUCUGGAGUCAAGCACGCUAGCAAUCGAGUUCGACCUAACAACCCAGUACUUUGACAAUUGAUAAAGAGGGGAAUUCCUACACUGAGUUACUUUAAGGACUGUUGUCAGUCAGCCCUUUUUAUGGAAUGCUGUGAAAGCACA